CGCUCUCGCUUGAUGGAUUCUGACAUGGACUAUGAGAGGCCAAACGUUGAGACUAUCAAGUGUGUGGUGGUAGGGGACAACGCUGUUGGGAAGACCCGCCUUAUCUGUGCCCGGGCCUGUAAUGCAACACUGACUCAGUACCAAUUGCUUGCUACGCAUGUACCCACUGUCUGGGCCAUAGACCAGUACAGAGUUUGCCAGGAAGUUCUGGAGCGAUCUAGGGAUGUGGUGGAUGAGGUCAGCGUGUCGUUGCGACUCUGGGACACGUUCGGGGACCAUCACAAGGACCGACGCUUUGCAUAUGGAAGGUCGGAUGUGGUGGUCCUGUGUUUCUCCAUCGCCAACCCCAACUCCCUGUACCAUGUGAAGACCAUGUGGUACCCUGAGAUCAAGCACUUCUGCCCCCGGGCUCCAGUCAUCUUGGUGGGCUGCCAGCUGGACCUGCGCUAUGCUGACCUGGAGGCAGUCAACAGGGCACGACGGCCACUAGCAAGACCGAUUAAAUCCAAUGAGAUUUUGCCUCCAGAGAAGGGCCAUGAGGUGGCCAAAGAGCUGGGAGUGCCAUACUACGAGACCAGUGUUGUGGCUCAGUUUGGAGUAAAGGACGUAUUUGAUAACGCCAUCCGAGCCGCCCUAAUCUCACGGCGCCACCUGCAGUUCUGGAAGUCUCACCUGCGCAAUGUGCAGCGGCCCCUCCUCCAGGCGCCCUUCCUGCCGCCCAAACCCCCACCUCCCAUCAUCACUGUACCACCUCCCCCCACCACCACUGAGGAGCAUCCUGGCCGUCUUCUAGAGGACCCCCUGUGUUCCGAUGUCAUCCUGGUCCUACAGGAGAAGCAGAGAAUCUUCGCUCACAAGAUCUACUUGGCCACGUCCUCCUCCAAGUUCUAUGACCUUUUCAUCCUGGACGCCCGACCUGAGGAGUCUGAGCGGCCCACGCGCGCCACCGCUCUGUCUGGCCGCGAGAUGCUGAUGCGUGCUGCAAGCUUCGAUGUGUGUGAGAGCACUGACGAGGGCGACAGGGCCAACCUGCGGGCCUGCACCAGUGAUGGAACCCUGAGAGACUCUGAGGGAGGCCGGAGGGGCAAACUGCUGUCUACCUUGAGCAGAGCUUUUGUCAGCAUCCAGGAGGAGCUGGUGGAUGACCCAGUGACCUACAACCCCAGGCCUAUGACCGUGGUGUACAUGGACCAGUCCAUGCAGCUGGGGCCCUUCCGCGCUGUGCUGCGAUACCUGUACACAGGCCAGCUGGACGAGCACGAGAAGGAGCUGAUGCACAUUGCACACAUUGCUGAGCUGCUGGAGGUCUUUGACCUGCGCAUGAUGGUGGCCAAUAUUCUUAACAACGAGGCCUUCAUGAACCAGGAAAUCACCAAAGCCUUCCAUGUACGACGAACCAACAGAAUCAAAGACUGCCUGGCCAAAGGCACCUUCUCUGAUGUAGCGUUCAAGCUGGAUGAUGGAACGAUCAUGGCCCAUAAGCCCCUGCUCAUCUCCAGCUGUGACUGGAUGGCAGCUAUGUUUGGGGGGCCCUUUGUGGAGAGCUGCACCAAAGAGGUGCUGUUUCCCAACACAACUCGCAGCUGUAUGAGGGCUGUGCUGGAGUACCUCUACACUGGGCGCUUCUGUUCCCGCACUGACCUAGAUGCCAUGGAGCUCAUUGUUCUCGCCAACCGUCUUUGCCUCCCACACCUGGUUGCACUUACAGAACUCUACACAGUGACAGUAUUGAUGGAGGCUGCUAUGAUGGGGGCUGAUAUUGAUGGAGAUGUGCUGGUGUACCUGGAGAUGGCUCAGUUCCACUGUGCCCAACAGCUAAGUGGCUGGUGCCUUCACCACAUCUGCACCAACUAUAAUAGUGUGUGUCGCAAGUUUCCUCGAGACAUGAAGGCCAAAUCUACAGACAACCAGGACUACUUUGAGAAGCACCGCUGGCCACCAGUGUGGUUCCUGAAGGAGGACGACCACUAUCAAAGAGCACGGAAGGAGCGGGACAAGGAGGACUUCCUGUACCAGAGGAGGCAGUGUAAACGCAAGUGGCUCUUCUGGAACCUUCCCUCUUCUCCCUCUGCCAACUCUUCCUCUUCUGGUUCCAAUGCUGUCAUCUGA